AUGUGUGCCGCGCUCGGGCCGACAGCCGCGAAGAAAGUGUUUGUGCUUCCGCGGUCGUUGCUCGCCGUUCGUUCGUUAGUUCGUUCGCUGCCUUGUCUCUUUGCCUCCUCUUUUCCGCACCGUUCAAACGCCAGGUGCAACAAAGUGCCGACGAAAGACGGCCAUCGGACUUGUGGCGACGGUGCCGACCUGUCGUCCGCAAGCACCCAUUACUACAGUAUUUAUGGUAAUUUUUGUUUUGACGAUGCGCAGGAUGGUCGAACGUUCGUGACGAGAGACGGCAGCGAUGCGAUAUCUGCACCGGAUAGCGUGGCGGCGCCGUACUGUAGGCGGCCGUGCGCAUCGCUUGCGUGGUUAGUGUCGAAGGUGGAUGGCGAUGGUGACAGUCGGUUGGACGUUGGGAUAAUCGGCUAA